GUGUGGUUUCAGAACCGGCGAGCGAAAUGGCGCAAGCGGGAGCGGUUCGGCCAGAUGCAGCCGGUCCGGACCCACUUCUCCACCGCCUACGAGCUGCCCCUGCUCACCCGUGCUGAGAACUACGCCCAGAUCCAGAACCCCUCCUGGAUCGGCAACAAUGGCGCCGCCUCCCCCGUGCCCGCCUGCGUCGUCCCCUGCGAGACCGUGCCCUCCUGCAUGUCUCCCCAUGCUCAUCCUCAUGCAGCCAGCGGCGUCUCCGAGUUCCUCGGCGUCUCCGGCCCUGGCAGCCACGUGGGACAGACUCACAUGGGUGGGCUCUUUGGUACGGCCGGGAUGAGCCCCAGCCUCAACGGCUACGAGCUGAACAGCGAGCCGGACCGCAAGACCUCCAGCAUCGCUGCCCUGAGGAUGAAAGCGAAGGAGCACAGUGCCGCUAUCUCCUGGGCGACAUGA